AUGGCAGUGCUGUCUACCACCGCUUCAAGUCACGAAGUCACCGUCACUCGCAAUGACCCGAGAGACGCUCCUACUGCGCAGGUCAUCUAUCAGACCAUCGUCAGACCAAGUACCACGUACGUAGCCACCGUCACACUUGGCUCCCCUUCGCAGUCAACGGACACCACUGGCUAUGUUGGCCCGACACCGAGCUCUAGUGGAGUAAGCCAGGAAGCUUUGGGUGGCAUCAUUGGGGGUGUGGUUGGGGCGGUGAUUGUUCUCCUGGUUGUAUGGGACUACCUCAAGCGGCUCUUAUCAAAGCGGUUCCAGCAGUGGGUCGGACUCUGGCAGCGAGAUGGAAGAGCGCUGGGUUGGAGGGCCGCCUGGACCACGACCACCACCGGGGCCGGGAGGGCCUCCACCUGGAUGGCGGGGUCCGCCGCCCGGUAUGGGUCCACCUCCAGGGGCCUUCCCGAUGGGAAUGCCGAUGGGUAG